AUUGUGGGAGGGAUCGCAGAAACCGCGCGGUGCUUCUGCCGCUAUCAUAUUGAAGUCUUUUCGCAUAUGUCACACCCUAUGGUUGCGGUUGCGGGGCCCAGCGGCGUGAACCCACGCCGACGAAAGCUAGUCGACCAAGAUGUUCCUCCUGAAUUGCGCACGAAAAGGGCUAAACGAGCGCGUAUUGCUCGUCGCCAGCGCCAGCAGCGUAUUAUUGAAGAGGAGGAAGAGUACCAACAGCUUGUACUUUUCUGGAUAAGAGUCAUCCAGUACUUCAUCAAUAAAGCCGCAAGAGCAAAAGAAGCAACAGAAUCAGCCACAGCGUCAGGGUCCGGCCCAUCAUCAGGAUCUGGCCCAUCAUCAGGGUCCAGACCAUCAUCAGGACCUGCAGGAUCUGGCCCAUCAUCAGGGUCCGGCCCAUCAUCAGGGUCCGGCCCAUCAUCAGGGUCCAGUCCAUCAUCAGGACCUGCAGGAUCUGGCCCAUCAUCAGGGUCUGGCCCAUCAUCAGUGUCCGGCCCAUCAACAGGGUCCAGCCCAUCGUCAGGGUCCAGUCCAUCAGCGUCCGGCCCUUUGUCAGCAUCCGGCCCUUCGUCACCGUCCGGUACUUCGACAGUGACAUUGCAGCCAUCGGUGGCAUCACAGGCAUCACACAAUGAUCCAGACCACUGUGCAUUGGCGACAUUGGCCCCAUCAGCGGCGUCGGCACCAUUGGCGGCAGCAGCAGCUGAACAGCCCAAGACAUCAGAUGAGCCACCACUACCGCCAAUACCAACACAGCCACCAGCAACUCUGCCAGACACAGCACCAUUAGCUCCACUGUCGCCAGCAUCUGCACCCUCUACUGCAGUACCAAAUGAACAGAUCAUCAUCUCCGCAGUGCCGAAAUUGCCGUUUCUAGGUGAAGAUGCAGCCAGUGCUGAUGCGGUGUUAGCACAGGGAUCUGACGAAGACCUCAUUGUGGAAUAUAACGAUUCCAUACCAUUGUUCGAGAGCGAUACACAUGAUCCCUUCGUCGCCGUACCAGCACCGUUCGUAACGGCAACUCAUGGCAUUAACACAGAUGUACGUGAUCGUGGAUGAUUCAGAUUACACCUUCGAAUUGCCCUUCGAGUGUAUGGAACGUGAAAGGAAUUUCAUGGAAGAAAUCUACAUAUAAACUAUCCUCAUUCUCAGCUGAAUAUCUUACACCUUACGUGUUUUACUAUUAUCAAUUAUUCAUAAAUAUAAACAUUUUAUUGUCUAUCACAAUAUAGAAAUAGCGUCUUGUAUAACCUUUCAUGUAGUAGUGAGAAAUAAAGUACUUUCACCCCCUA